CAUGGGGCAGGACUGUUGGGGAGGUCGUGACUGGCAGGGGGAGCCGUAGUGCUGGGGUAACUAACCCCCCCAUCUCCACCCUCUGCAGGCCCCGCUCUGGAGCCAGGCUCCCCGUGAGGCAGCUGCACAACCCCCGGCCAUGGCGACCCGGCACGGCCCCCACCCUGACGCCGCCCCAUUCCUGAGCCAGGCGGACGAGACGGAGGAGGAGGCGGUGGAGGAGGGGUCGCGUGCGGGCGGGGGGCAGCCGGAAGUGGGGGUGCAGACCGUCACCGGGAUCUCGUACCCCCGCUCAGUGAUGAUCGUCGCCGUUCUCUGCUACAUCAACCUGCUCAACUACAUGGACCGCUUCACCGUGGCUGGCAUCCUGCCCGACAUUGAGUCGUUCUUUCGCAUUGGAGACAGCAGCUCCGGGCUCCUCCAGACAGUGUUCAUCAGCAGCUACAUGGUGCUGGCCCCGAUCUUCGGGUACCUGGGCGACCGCUACCACCGCAAGCGCCUGCUUUGUCUGGGCAUCGCCUUCUGGUCGGCCGUCACGCUGGGCUCCAGCUUCAUCCCCCAGGAGCAGUUCUGGCUGCUGCUGGUGACGCGGGGGCUGGUGGGGGUGGGGGAGGCCAGCUACUCCACCAUCGCCCCCACCAUCAUCGCCGACCUGUUCGUUAGCGACCAGCGCAGCCGCAUGCUGGCCUUCUUCUACUUCGCCAUCCCCGUCGGCAGCGGGCUGGGCUACAUCGUGGGCUCGAAGGUGAAGGACUUGGCUGAGGACUGGCACUGGGCCCUGCGGGUGACACCGGCGCUGGGUGUGGUGGCGGUGGUGCUGCUGGUCACGGUGCUGCAGGAGCCGCCGCGGGGGGCCGUGGAGCGUCACUCCGACUCCCCCCUGCGCUACACCUCCUGGGCCGCUGACAUCAGGGCCCUGACGUUGGCAGGGGAGGGGCAGGGGGGGUCCUUAGCCUCAGUAACCGGCUCCCUCCCCCUGCAGGUGUUUAUCUUCAUUGGGGAGACGCUGCUGUCCCUGAACUGGGCCAUCGUGGCGGACAUCCUGCUGUACGUCGUGGUCCCCACACGCCGCUCCACGGCCGAGUCCUUCCAGAUCGUCAUGUCCCACCUGCUGGGUGACGCCGGCAGCCCCUACCUCAUCGGCGUGAUCAGCGACAGGAUCCAGCGGGGCCGCCCCGCAUCCUACCUGCUGGAGUUCCACAGCCUGCAGUACGCCCUGAUGCUGAGCGCCUUCGCCGGGGUGCUGGGGGGCGGCUUCUUCCUCGCCACCGCGCUCUUCAUCCAGGGCGACCGCAAGCGGGCCGAGCUCAGCACCCAGGGUCUGCUGCCGGAGGAGGCCGAGCCGGAGGACCGGAUUGUGGUGCCGAAGCGUGGCCGAUCCACCAAAGUGCCCGUCUCCAGCGUCCUCAUCUGAGAGCCACCCCCACCCCCGGUGCUGGGGCCGGGCGCCGCCAGCCGGGCAGAGACUCUCGCUGCCCCCCACGGGCCAGACUCGGGGCAGGCCGAACUGUGCCAGUUUGGGGGCUGGUAUUGUAUGUGAGCGUGGAGCUCCCCGUGAAGGAAACGGGGUCAGGGACAUGGAUGGGGCACCCUGGGCUGGGACAAGCCAGGGACCCCCAACUUAACACCCCAGUCCCUGGCGCAGGGAGGGGCUUAGGGACUGAGGGGGGGGCUCUUGGAUUCCUUGGGGGGGGCCUCACAGCCUGCCCCCCCAAGGUCAUACAGGUUCCCAUUGCAUUGUAGGGGGCUGGGGUCCUGCCCCCCUCCAGCCGCCAUGUUUUCACCCCAUUAAACUCUUUGUUAGGUC